CGCGGGGGCGGCAUGAGGGCCGGCGGCCCGGGGGGCUGAGGCGCCCGCCGCCUGCCGCGGGGCCGCGCGCGUCCUCCAUGGAGGCCGGAGAGGAGCCACUGCUGCUGGCCGAACUCAAGCCCGGGCGCCCCCAUCAGUUUGAUUGGAAGUCAAGCUGUGAAACGUGGAGCGUUGCCUUCUCUCCGGACGGUUCCUGGUUCGCCUGGUCUCAAGGACACUGCAUUGUCAAGCUGAUCCCCUGGCCGCUGGAAGAGCAGUUCAUCCCUAAAGGGUUCGAAGCCAAAAGCCGAAGCAGCAAAAAUGAUACAAAAGGGCGAGGCAGCCCAAAGGAGAAGACGCUGGACUGUGGGCAGAUUGUCUGGGGCUUGGCUUUCAGCCCGUGGCCUUCUCCACCCAGCAGGAAGCUCUGGGCACGCCACCAUCCCCAGGUGCCAGACGUCUCUUGCCUGAUCCUUGCUACAGGGCUCAACGAUGGGCAGAUCAAGAUUUGGGAGGUACAGACAGGACUCCUGCUUUUGAAUCUGUCUGGCCACCAAGACGUCGUGAGAGAUCUGAGCUUCACACCCAGUGGCAGUUUGAUUUUGGUUUCUGCAUCCCGAGAUAAGACCCUUCGUAUCUGGGACCUGAAUAAACAUGGUAAACAGAUUCAGGUGUUAUCGGGCCACCUGCAGUGGGUUUACUGCUGCUCCAUCUCGCCAGACUGCAGCAUGCUGUGUUCUGCAGCUGGGGAGAAGUCGGUCUUCCUGUGGAGCAUGCGGUCCUACACAUUAAUCCGGAAGCUGGAGGGCCACCAGAGCAGCGUGGUCUCUUGCGACUUCUCCCCCGACUCUGCCUUGCUCGUCACGGCUUCUUACGAUACCAAUGUGAUCAUGUGGGACCCCUACACUGGCGAGCGGCUGCGGUCACUCCACCACACCCAGCUCAACCCCCCCAUGGAUGACAGCGAUGUCCACAUCAGCUCCCUGAGAUCUGUGUGCUUCUCCCCCGAAGGCUUGUACCUCGCCACGGUAGCGGAUGACAGGCUCCUCAGGAUCUGGGCCCUGGAACUGAAAACUCCAAUUGCGUUUGCUCCUAUGACCAAUGGUCUCUGCUGCACAUUUUUUCCACAUGGUGGAGUUAUUGCCACGGGGACAAGGGAUGGCCACGUCCAGUUCUGGACGGCUCCUCGGGUCCUGUCAUCACUGAAGCACUUAUGCCGGAAAGCCCUGCGAAGUUUCCUAACAACGUACCAAGUGCUAGCGCUGCCAAUCCCUAAGAAAAUGAAAGAGUUCCUCACAUACAGAACUUUUUAAGCCAGUCUCCAUAGUCUUACUUGUUUCCUCUGUAGCAGGAUAAAUCUUCCUGACAAGUAGCUGGAGCAGUGGGCCAAACAUCUGGUCUUGGAUUGAAAUAGAAUCUCUCUUUGGGAUUGUGAACAGAAUGUAGCAAAACCAGAUUCCAGUGGCCUCGCCAGGGCCAGGGGUCUCUUCCCCAUGAGGUGUGAGGGUCAGUCGUAGAAGAGGGAUUCCACUUCUGCAGUGACGGAGCCUGACCUUAACCUUCAGUCCACUUAAUGGACAGCAGUGCUGGACCCUCUCUGGUCAUUUUGAUUCCAAGAAGUUUCCACUCCCUCGAAUGGGAGUGUCCGUCGUUGAUGCAGAUGCAGAGGAGGUGUUGAUGAAAGUUCUCUCCUGCUGGUCAGAGCCGCUUUGAUGUGGACAAGGGCUUUCCUUCCUCUGACCCACGGGACAGUUUUCACAGAGCCGUCUAGGGUGAGAUAUUACUUAGCUUAACUAAAGUCCAGGUGACUCAGAGGCCAUGCUCCUGAUACAGACACUAGACUUGGCUUUUUUUUUUUUUUUUAAGAAACAAUGGCGUGCAUGUGCCGGAGGCCAGAUUUGUGUGUCAUGUUACAUGGGACGUAUUCCUCAACUGCAUGACUGUAUCAGUGGCUACUGAGUUAUCUGUCAGUUGUUCACCAGUUAGCAUAUUUAUUUGUAUUUUCUCAACAGAUGUUAAGGUACAACUGUGUUUUUCUCAAUGGUAUCUAAAAACCAUAGUACUCAAUUCCAA